AUGGACAAACCGAAAAAACACAGGCGCACUCCCUCUACGUCCGCGCCGAAGCGUCGGGACUGCAGCCCCGAACCACGGCGCUCCUCCCGGCCUACCCUCUCACCACCGACGACGUCGACACCGAAGACGAUGACGACGGGCACUGGCGGCGGG